UACAGUGAGAACACCAACACACACCGGUCUGAUCUGAUUACAAAUGAUCGUUUAUGGAGAGCUCCACUGUCAGAACCUCGUCAACAUCCCACAUCCCACACUCAUUGGGCCCGCGUUCCGCUGUGAGGCACUUACAAAAGCCAGUUACCCAUACCCAAACCCAUUGCAUAACCAAAAUAGUCAGCGAACCAAAGCGGAAGUUCAAGAUCGUUCGUUGGUGGAUCGGAUCGACACCUCCAAAUAUAGACCCCAGCGACCGCAGACCACAACCACAGCACAGCAGAGUGGAUUCAGGUGGCCCAAGAUCGCCAUAAAUGGGGAGUUUCGCUGCAUUUGCUUGCGAAUGGUAAACAAAGACAUGUUCUGUUUUUGGCAAGAGGGAUAUAGAUCAUAUGUCUUUAAAUUAAAUCCAAAGAGCACUCAAGGCUCCACCAAACCCGUAUUCCCGGACGAUGGCGUCUUGAAACUGUACUCGAUGCGCUUUUGCCCCUACGCACACCGCGUGCACUUGGUGCUGGACGCCAAGAAGAUACCGUAUCACCCUAUUUACAUAAAUUUGCGCGAGAAGCCCGAGUGGUUUCCGCAGGUGAGCAGCUCCUCGAAGGUGCCAGCACUGGAGCUGGUCGGCGAGCCGGGGAAUACCGUGCUUAUCGAGUCGCUGAUUAUUUGCGACUAUCUGGACGAUAAGUAUCCGGAUGUGGCACCACUGUACCCCAAGGAUCCGCUGAAGAGGGCCCAGGAAAAGAUUCUCGUCGAGCGCUUCAGCCAGUUUAUCAACGCCUUCUACAAACUGGUACUCCACGACAAUCCCGCCUCUCUGGGCGACACCGAUCUGUACGCCGGCCUCGAAGCCUACGAGGAGGAGCUGAAACAGCGCGGCACCGAAUUCUUUGGCGGCGCCUCCCCGGGUAUGCUGGACUACAUGAUAUGGCCAUGGUGCGAGCGCUUUUCUGCCUUGAAGUUCAGCCUUGGCGACCAUUUCGAUUUAAGUCCGGCACGUUUCGGAACUCUGCUUAAGUGGCGCGACUUAAUGCUCCAGGAUCGGGCAGUGAAGUGCUUCUAUUUGGAUGGAAAAACCCACGCCAAGUAUAUGGCAUCUCGUCGUGCUGGCAAUGCCGACUACAAUAUGCUCUACCAUGCUGCCAAACGUGCAAGGUUGGAGUAAUUAUGGUAAAAGGCCAUCUAGCAUCCAUCCCUAAGUCGUACAUAUGGAAAACUUCUUGUGAUAGCGAAAAAAAAUUACUUGCGUUUUUGAAAAUAUUCCUUAUAUUGUUUCAAAAACUAAUAUUUUUAAACAUAAGCAAUAGAUACUGUUAACUUUUUCUUUACCAAGUAUUUUCAAAUAAAACUAACAUGUUAA